ACGAGCGCGGCAAAUCUGGAUAUCGAGUACAUCAUUCGCCAGGCCAGAGAGCACGAAUAUGCUGGCUUCGAUGGCGUGCUGGUGGGAUUAGGCGGCGACGGUCCGGAGAGUUUGCAAAUUGCGGCGCAAGCCGUAGCGCACACGAAAAAACUCAAUUUUCUGGUGGCUUAUCGGCCCGGACUCGCCUCGCCGACGCUGGUGGCCAGAAGUUAUGCAACGCUCGAUCAGUUCGCGCAGGGACGCAUCAGGCUGCACGCCAUUUCCGGACGUGAUAACGACGGCCUGAAGAAUACCGGCGAUGCAUUGACCAAAGGCCAGCGCUACGGCAGAACGCGUGAAUUCAUUCAGCUGCUGAAGCAAACCUGGACGGCGCGCGAAAGGUUUGAUUACCACGGCGAGUUUUAUCAGGUACAUGAUUUUGUCGCACGGGUAUUUCCCGUGCAGCAACCGCGCAUUCCGGUCUAUUUCGCCGGAAAUUCUGAUGAAGCUUACGCCGUUGGUGCAACUGAAGCCGAUGGCUAUGCCUUAUAUGCACAACCGCUGGCUAAUUUACGGCAGGAUAUCGCGCGCAUUCAUGCCGCCGCCGAAGCCAGCGGCCGCAGCGAUCGGCCGCGCAUCAUUGUGUUAGUGCGGCUGAUCAUUGGCCAAACCGAUGAGCUGGCAUGGCAGCGCGCGGAAGCAAUGCGCGAAACCGCACUGGCGCAGACCCAGCAUCCAAAGCCGACUGAACCGUGCACACUUCCCUUCCGCGAUACGCGCGAAAGUAGCGCCGGGGAUCUAAAACAGGUAGCAGCCAAUCAGCACAGUGAGCGCCACGAUCGCGCGCUAUGGACCGGACUUUCCGGCAUUACGCAGCGCGGCAAGUCGUCUGCACUGGUCGGAUCGCCAGAGACCCUUAUACAAGCGUUACUCGAUUACGUUGAUGCGGGCGUCUCGACAUUUAUUCUCGACGGUUUCGAGCGCCUACGUGAUGUGCCGGAAAUAG